ACCCGCAGUCGACCACCACAGUCGCAACGAGGUCCUCUUCCGAUGCGUUGCAGCGCUUGAUCGCUUCUCGUCGUGUUAUUUGUAUUUUCCCCGUUCGAGGACGCAGUGCUAGGGCAUCAUGCCAAAGAAUAAGGGAAAGGGAGGUAAGAAUAGGAGAAGAGGAAAGAACGAGAACGAGACGGAGAAGAGAGAGCUGGUGUUCAAGGAGGAUGGACAAGAGUACGCCCAGGUGACGAAAAUGCUCGGCAACGGUAGGCUAGAGGCCAUGUGCUUCGACGGGGUCAAACGGCUGUGCCACAUCCGGGGCAAGCUGCGGAAGAAGGUGUGGAUUAACCAGGGUGAUAUCAUACUGAUCGGGCUGCGAGACUACCAGGACGCCAAGGCGGAUGUUAUACUCAAGUACACGUCCGACGAAGCGCGUAACUUGAAGACUUAUGGCGAAUUCCCAGAAACUGUGCGUAUCAACGACACAGUAACCUUCGUGGAAGAUGGAUUCGAUGAAGACAUCGAAUUUGGUGAUGAAAUUAGCGAUGAUGAUGAAGACGAUGUUGACAAUAUCUGAUGACCCGCAUUGUAAUAAUAAUAAUAAAAAAGGUACAUCACGAGAAAGUGCAUGGGGACAUCUGUUCAUUUUACAAAAUGCAAUUAUACAACGUCGAAGUUUCCCUGCGAGUCGAGUAGCUCUCAUCUCCCUAUAUGUAUCUAUAAAUAAAUCGUCAGUUUGUGGGCAACAUCGUGUUCCAGUUUGAGUAGCCGUUUUUGAUAUUUAUAAAUUUUUAUAGGAACAUGCGUUCUUUUCGAAUAGUGAAAUUAUGGACGAUGCUUAGCAUAUUGAGUUAAAUUAUUACACGUACAAGCCAGGUUAGCUCGAUCUGCGUCUCUGUACGUGGAACAGUAUGCGUACCAUCUUCGUACGAUCGGUUUUUUUCGUAUAUUUCCUUUUUAUUACAUGUAUUAUCUACCAGUUCGUGAAAUACACCCCGUACACGUUAUUUAAACGAAAAACAAUGUCGCUAUGUAUAACACGCAGUAAGUGCUCUUUUUUUUUAUGUAUAUGUUGAAACUCUUCUUACUACAAAUUAUUCAUCGAGAAACGAGGUAACGUACACUUACAGUUGUCAGAUUUGGAUGAGACUUUAGAACUACUAUAACUAAUGUAAGAAUUGCUAAAUUAAUAAAUUACGAAAUAAACGAGCGAAUGGGUGAGGACAAGCACUCGGUGAUUUUUCUGUCUUAGCGUUGUUUUAUUAUGUAGCUUCGAUCGGUUAACACGUUGUUAGUAGUAAUAUAGCUAUUCAGUACGACAAAUAACGCCGUGUCAGAUAUCUAUAAUUCUUGGGACAUGCGUUUUGUUAUGUACGUAUCCGUGCAAUGGUUCAAUACAUAAUUAUUCUUCGUUGUAUCAAAAGGAGACUACAGUGUGUACGUAUUGCAUUUCGACAAUGUCAUUAACAACGACGGAAGUGUGCAAGCUAUUUGUAUCAUUUUUGUCUCUGUGACAAAAUCUGGGAAAUAAUAUGUUAGUUGAUUAUACAAUUGAGUGGAACAAUAAUUUGAUUGUGAAUUUGGACUUUUUUCAUGUUAAAUAAAAUUGCGUAUGUAAACGGA